ACGAGAUUGAUUAUAGAAAAAAUUACGUGAUAUUUUAUAAUUCAAGUUGAGAAAUGGAGAUAUUAUGGCGCGCCGUAUUGUUUUUAGGGAUUACGUUUUAUGUGAUGGUUUCCGUUAUUACUGCUCCUGCAAAUACAUACUCCCGCGGGCCACAGUAUACAGUGAGUCCAUCUAACAGCGACAAACAUCCGUACAUAGAGGUGAGGAACGCGACGUACCACGGCAGCGGGCCUAGAGAGGAAGCCCGCGCUAUGUGCUCGGUGAAGACGCAAGAGGUCAACGCUACUGCUAACGCUACCAUUACGAGGAGGCUACAUGGAGUAGUUACUUCGAGAGAACUCCAUUCAUCUAUACAACGGUUAGAGGUGAUCAUCUACGGGCAGAUGCAGCAGCUGUGGCAGAGUCUAGAUGCACUGCGAACGCAAAUCGCAGGCAGUUCCCGAGUGUCAUACCCUGACCGCCGUAGCGUCACUUUUAGAUAUAGACCUACUCGUAAUUCACUAUGAAAUUAAACUACCUGACCUACUACGACGAUUUUUUUAGAUCUGGUCCACCAAUAGAUACUUUGUAGGCUUAAGAGAAACAACAGUAUUGUGGCCAUUCUGGGCAAUAUGUUGGUACGGAAAUUUUGAAAAUAUAUAAAACAGAAUUUCAAAAUUCAAAUUGGUCACCAUCUUGCAAAUAUGCCUUGGUGGGGGCCCUGUUUUGAAAUUAGUUGGGGGCCCAAUAGAAGCGUAAAGAUUUCUCACAAAGGAAACAAAAAUACAUGCUUAUAAUAAAUAUAUGAGAGUGACUUACUUAACUGUAGUAGUAGUACUUAGGAUGUUUCUAACUUUUGGGCGCGCUCUUAACUCGAAAAAAAAACAGAUUGCUUUUUUAAUUUUGACAUUUCUGUGUUCAUGUUUAAGUGAAAACUCUAUAGGCAGUUUUAUAUUUCAGGGAAACACCAGAUUAAGUGAGAUUGUGGAUAACAUUUUACUAAUUUUUGCUUUCACACGUAAAGAGCCCCCGUAGACUGGGGGCCCUGUAUCAUUAAUACGGCUGAUACGGCGGUAGCUACGCCCCUGCCAUCUUGAGCAGUUGAGAACCUAUGCUUGGUAUGCUAUACCGUGAGAUCCUAUGGUUUCGAUUCUCAGCUCGAUAAAUUUAGGAAUCCAUCCAUACUAUUAUUGUAGGUAAGUGUCUUUGAUUAAACUAUUGAAUCGAUUUGGAUGAAAUUUGGUAAUUUUAGAGAUAAAUAGGACCUUGCAUUUUUAUCCCGGUAAAAUACAUGGUACAUGGUAAAAUACUCUCAGACUUUGUGAAAAUGUUGCGCAGGCUCCCGCUAGUAGGUACCUUUAUCUACCCAUAUACUUAAUUUCUAAAUUAACAGGAACCUGGGUCGAGUGGUAGGAUUGAGACGUGGCUCUCCAAAAAUAAAUAUAAAAACAGUAAUCCUUUAAUGUAAUCUAAUUAGAAUGGAUUUAUACACUAAACGAUAAAAUUAUUUAAAUUUUAUCAACGCGUUUGUGUUUUUAAACAACUUACCGAAUUUUGUUUCGAUAAGUACUUUUGAUUCAUUUAUUUCUUUGUUUAAACAAGAAGUGAAUUGGUAAUUAAAACAAAACAUAUUCCACCGAAUGUAGUGUUAUGUGUGUCACGAUUAUUGUGAUACUAUGUUGGUACGUGAUUUGCGUUUUCAAGAGCAUCCUUAUUUUACCUUGUUUGUGAUUUUAGGUCUUUGCGAAUAUAUUUUCCGUUUUUCUGAACUUGUACAAAACACAACUUUAGUAUUUUGAAUGAUCCUUUAAACGGAUUAGAAUUAUUUAGUAAUAAAUGAACCGGUUGUAGAUACGAGGUGUCACUAGGUUCGUCUUUUUAUAUCACUGACUAUAUACCUACAUACAUGCUUUAUUUUAUGUGGCAGCCACAUGUUAAACUUUAGAUUUUUUAACCAACUGUAUUUAUUUUCGUUAUAUUUGAUUAAAUUGUCAAAAAAUAAAAACCUUGAGUAGAGGGCGCCACGAGUAAUUUUAGUCAUAGAUUUACGAUUCGGUACAAGUACCUAAUAAUUCUAUGUUUUUAGCAAUCUAGGUAUACCAUAGCAUGGCAGUAGAAAUUAGUUCCUUUUUUGUCCGCAACAUGCGAAGUUUUACAUUUUUCUACUAAGGCUAUAAAUAACAUAAAAUCAUAUAGUAUGUUCCAAGAUAAGCUUUUGUGCCUGUGUUUAGUCUAUAGAGGAUAAUUUAUAGGAUAUAGGAUAAGAUAUAGAUUGACAAAUAAAUAAAACUAAUAAAAUAAUAAUGUUCAAUUUAUUAACAAUUAGUAACUGAUAAUCAGCAUUUACCCAGACAGUUUGUACAGAAAACUAAUCUUGAAUUAAAUAUAAAUUAAUACAAGAAUGUUCUUAUAUUUUUUAUAAUUAUUGAUUUUAAUACAAGUUUAGUUUCCACAAUAUACAUACUUAAUACUAGGCAGUAAAAUCAAGAAACAAGUUAGUAUACAAAAAUAUUGUUAAUUAACGAUGACGCUUAGAUAAUAUGUACCUAGUUAUUAAUAAAUAUUAACAAAUAAAGGAGUUUAUUAUGCUUUUUUCGUUAUUUAUUUUUAACAAAGUAAUACAUUUUAAUAUAUCAUUUUAUUGGACGUUAUAGAUUUUGUAAUUGAUUGUUGCAAAAAAAAAAUGACAAUUUAAUCCUAUUAUAAUAGAAAUCAGAUCUAAUAAUAUCAAAACUGUUUUAUCGUAUAAUAUAAUUUAGAAAUCUAAAUUAUGUUUGCCAUUAAAUAUAAUUAAAUUACAAUAUUAAUAAAUUAUAUAAUAAUUAAUUUUUCAACAAACAAAAUACAUCCAAAAUGUCGUAUUCUUAUAAGUAUAUUAAGAAAUUGACUUAAAUAAUCUUUGAAAUAUACUUCUAUGUUACAUAAGAAAUAAUAAAUGUUAUGACUAAAUUUAUUAAGUUGGUAAUAAUGUUUCAAUGCAUUUGUUAAGUUAUGGCAGAGAAUUAAAUGAUAAUAACUAUUCAAUAUUUCAAUCCCAUGUUCUUUAUAGAUAAAUUAACUGUAACAUUCAAAAUUUUGACGGCCUCCGUGGCGCAGUGGUUUGCGCGGUGGAUUUUCAAAACGGAGGUCCUGGGUUCGAUCCCCGGCUGGGCAGAUUGAGAUUUUCUUAAUUUGUCCAGGUCUGGCUGGUGGGAGGCUUCGGCCGUGGCUAGUUACCACCCUACCGGAAUGACGUACCGCCAAGCGAUUUAGCGUUCCGGUACGAUGCCGUGUAGAAACCGAAAGGGGUGUGGAUUUUCAUCCUCCUCCUAACAAGUUAGCCCGCUUCCAUCUUAGACUGCAUCAUCACUUACCAUCAGGUGAGAUUGUAGUCAAGGGCUAACUUGUAAAGAAUAAAUAAAAAAAAAAAAAAAAAA